GGGCGUGGCCCGGCGGGGCGGCGGCGCGCGCGCAGCAUGGAGGCCCGCGUCCCCUACGACGACUUCCCGGUGGUGUUCCUGCCGCCCUACGAGAGCCCCCCCGCCUGGGUGCCGCCGCACGAGCGGGUGUCACACCCCGACUACAACAACGAGCUCACGCAGUUCCUGCCCCGCACCAUCGUCCUCAAGAAGCCGCCCGGGGCGCAGCUGGGCUUCAACAUCCGGGGAGGAAAAGCCUCGCAGCUGGGGAUCUUCAUCUCCAAGGUGAUCCCCGACUCGGAUGCACACAGGGCAGGGCUGCAGGAGGGGGACCAGGUGCUCUCCGUGAACGAUGUGGACUUUCAGGACAUCGAGCACAGCAAGGCUGUGGAGAUCCUGAAGACAGCCCGUGAAAUCACCAUGCGUGUGCGUUACUUCCCCUACAAUUACCAGAGGCAGAAGGAAAGAACUGUUCACUAGUGGGCAGCUGCCUGCUGGGUCUGCAGAGCCUGCACACAACUCUCCACUGCUUUUCCUCAACACAUGAGAUGACACAUCAAGUUUCAUCUGUCCCUGGAGGUACAACUCUGGUGCUGUCUGCAUGGGCACCAGCUCUGCUCCCUGCCUGGAGCCUUAUUUAGCUGGAAGAUGGAUGGGCCUUUAGUCUGUAGUCCUAGGACUGUGUGUUGAAACAAGCUGAUGGUGCUGAUGUGGAGGUGGGCACUGGAAGGCACCUUCUCCAGCAAAGACCUAUGCUUCUGUUCUAGCAGGACUUAAAUCAGAUGAGUGCUCUGGAUCCAAAGGGCCUGAGUGUGCUUGAGCAGGGCAUGGCCUUUAUCCUCUGAGAGAUCAGCCUGUGCACUUCUCUGCUGACAUGAAGUUCUUUCCUCCUUCACUGUCCUACCUCUGUUCUGCACUCCUGGCUUUGCUUGGGAGCAAAAUCCCCUCAGCCUCUGCCCCUCUAGGCCUGCCCAUCCCUCUGCACCACUCCCCGAGCCCUGUGAUGCCUAGAGCAUGUCCUGGAGCUCCCACGGUCAGGCUUCACUCCCUGAACCCACCUCCUUCACUCAGCACAGCCCAGUCCCAGCUCCUCACCCCUCUGAGGUAAACUGGUCCCUUCCCUCUUCUGAGAGAGGGCACAGAGGAAGGUGCAGUGGCGCUCAGCGAAGGCGGCUGCAGUGCCACGCUGACAAUGGCACCAGGACAGCCCUUGCUCUGGGCUGCUUCCCUCUCACCUGCAAUAACAAUAAACAAGGUCAGCUAUGA